AUGGUUACUUGUUGGAAGAUUAAAAAAUGGGAUGAAAAAUCAAGAGCAAUUGCUAAACUUUCAUCAGAAAACCAAUUAUUAUCAUCUAUAUCUAAUGGACCUGAUCCAAUUUUUGCUGCUAUAGUUGCUCCAUCUAAAAAAACAGUUAAUCAAUGUAUGGAUAUUAUUUGUUUAUGUCAUUUUUUUGAUGGAAAUAUAAUUGAGGAAGAAAAUUAUUGUAUAUUACCUAAUGGUGAAAAAUUAUCUAAAUCUAUAAGAAAGGAAUUAAGAAUGUUAACAGCAGAAGAAAGAAAACGCUACCAUGAUGCUUUAAAAAAAUUAAAAGAAAAUGGUGAUUUUACUAAUUUUGCCAAUAUUCAUUCAGAAAUAUCAUUAAGUGGUAGCUCACAUGCUGGACCAGCUUUUUUACCAUGGCAUAGAGAAUUUCUAAAAAGAUUUGAAAUUGCAUUAAAACAAAUUGAUCCUUCUUUAUCUAUACCUUAUUGGGAUUCAACACUAGAAAGUUAUCUUCCCAAUCCACAAGAUUCUAUUUUAUUUAGUGAUUUAUUUUUUGGUACAACAAAUGAUGAAGGAGAUGUUAUAACAGGACCUUUUAAAAAUUUUACAACAAUUAAUGGUGAUCCAAAUAUUUCAAGAAAUAUUGGAAAUAUUGGUGGUGUAUUUAAAGAUUUAGAAAUUGAUUAUUUAAUGAAUAAAACAUCAAUAGAUGAAAUAUUAAUAUUUCCAGCUGCAAGAAAUAAUUGUUCCGUAAAGGUUGAUUUUAAUGGAUUAGAAUUUAUACAUGCUAAUAUACAUAAUUUUAUUGGUGGUGAUAUGUUUCUAACAGCUACAGCUGCUAAUGAUCCAAUAUUUUAUUUUCAUCAUUCUUUUGUUGAUUUCAUAUGGGAGAUGUGGAGAAAAAAUAAUCAAAAUAGGGAAGAAAGAGAAAAUGUUUAUCCUAAAGAUAUGUAUGAUUGUUUUUCAGAACUUCAUUUUGGAACAAAAUUAAUGAAACCAUUUGAAGAAUGGAAAAAUAUUGAUGGUUUAAAAAAUGAGUAUAUUGAUAAUAUGUAUGAAUAUGCUCCUAGACCUAUAUGUUCUUUAUCAAAUUUAUCCUGUGGAAGUGAAUUUUUAUUUUGUUUUGUAAAUAAUGGUGUUGGUAAAUGUACAGCAAAAAUAAAAAUAAAUGGAAAUUGUAAAAAUUUUGAAGGCAUUAAAGAAGCUUGUUAUGAAGGUAUAUGUAUUAAUGGAACAUGUAAAUCAAAUUCUUCUAAUAUGACAAAUCCACAAAUCCAACUUUCUAAUUUAAAAAAUGAUACAUUGACUAUAUAG